GGAGUGCGGCUCGCUGUGUGUUGGGUGGAGCUGGCGGACAGACAAAGCUGGAGAGCGGAGCCAGAGUGCCAGCAGGUGGGGAGCCGGGCAGAGACACAGCCAUGGCUGCCGACAGCGAGCACCAGGACUCGGCCUUUGACAGCAAGUGCAUCUUCUGCAGGAUCGCCAGCAGCGAGGAGAGCGGGGCCGAGAUGCUCCAUGCCGAUGAUGACUUGGUCUGCUUUAGAGACAUAAGGCCUGGAGCACCACAUCAUUAUCUGGUAGUGCCCAAAACGCAUGUGGGUAACUGCAAGACUCUUUCAAAAGAUCACGUACAAUUAUUAAAGAAUAUGGUGUCUGUUGGAAAGAGUGUCCUGCAGAAAAACAAUGUAUCUGAUUUGGAAGAUAUUCGGUUGGGAUUCCACUGGCCUCCUUUCUGCUCAAUAGCCCACUUGCAUCUUCAUGUACUGGCACCAGCCAGCCAACUAGGAUUUCUCUCUCGUAUGAUCUAUAGAGUAAAUUCCUACUGGUUUAUUACAGCAGAUCAGCUCAUUGAACGUCUUCAAGCAAACACAUCUACAAGCUGAAAUGUGUCAUGUUAGCUGUUAUGAUCAAGUCUCUAUCCAGUGGGGGGGAAAAAAACAGACCGUGUUAGUUUUUAACAGAGCAAGCUCCUGAUAUGUUAUGAAUGCAUUGUAUUUAUUGUUUGAUUGAAACCUAGGUUUUAGGCUGUAACCAGGAACUGGUUUAGGAUGCUGCUUUUCAGAACAGAUGCAGUGUACAGUGGCCAUGAGGGUGCACUAUAUACACAGACUAGCUCCAAACCUACAAUAAAUGGCCAAACACAAUUCUAUUGGAAAUUCCACACAUGACAAGAUAUAUGAUAAUUACUUCUCUUGCAUGUUUUUUUUUUCUCCAUCCUGUCCUUUUAUCAAUAGAUGCUAAAGAUAGAGCUUUCUUGGAAGUUUCAGAAGACACAUACUUUAGCCAAAUGUUAAUGCUAAAGAAAUGUUGUGGGUUUUCUUUUUUUAACUGUGACUUCAAACCUAAUUGUAUUAAAUAACUUCCAUAAUGUAUUAAUGAUAACUAUGUCUGUUUUUCUUUUUGAAGAUAUCAUUCAUUUUAGAAAACAAAUUUAGCACCAAAUAGAUACGUGGUUAUUCAUUAAAAUGUGACUUUUGGGGAAUUAACAUUUUUAGUACAGAUUAUCCAAAAU